AUGAAUGAGAUUAUUGCACAUGUUAAACAAUCGAGAAGAUGGGCGGUUAGAGAUAUACCGACUAGAGAUUUAUUUCUAUCCAAUUAUGGCAGAAUCCCUCAAAAAAUUCGUGUAACACCUGCUUCAAAUGAAAAAACAACGGUUGUGGUAUUUCACGUCAAAUCUUUAUUACAUCGAAUUUACAAUAAUGAUGAUAUUACUAAUGAAUUUUCUAUUGUUCGACGUCAUUUACAUCCGUGUUCAAAGAAAUACUAUGCGUAUGAACAGCUAUUAUUAUUGCCAAAUAUUGGUGGAAUACUGAUAAGUCUAAAUGAAUGUUCAUGGGUAACUAAUUAUACAAAUAAUUCGAAAAAAACAAUUCAACCUGAUUAUAUACCAGAUCGCCAUUUUCUUGUUGUGAAUGAAAUUAUUAUAUUUUACUUACCGGAACACGAAACUUUUGUUGAAAAGCUUUCCCAUGAAUUGACUCAUGAUGAUACAUUGAGUCUUGUAAAACCUAAAACAGCUAUGCUACGUCUUAUUGGUAAAUCUCAAAGUCGUGACAGCCAACGUCCUGCAUCUUUUUAUUUAAUGGGUCGGAUACACAUUAAAAAGCCAUAUAUUCAUGAUUUAACAAUUAGUUACGGUGGAAAAGCUUUUCUUAAUGUACAUCAUAAGAUUGUUGCAUGGCUUAAUAAAAAAGAUACUAGCGGUCUUGUACUCUUACAUGGCGCUCCUGGAUCAGGUAAAACACAUUAUGUACGAUAUCUACUUCACUGUAUAACAGAAGUAGAAGAAAGACGUCUUAUCUAUGUUCCCGGUGAUAUGGUUGAGAAUCUUACAAGUCCUGCACUUAUACCUCUACUUAUUAACAAUCAUAAUUCCUUAUUAAUUAUUGAAGAUGCUGAAGGAAGCCUAUCUCGCUCGCGUACAUCCAGCCAAUCAGUUGCUAAUCUUCUCAAUCUUUCUGAUGGUCUCUUAAGUGAUGGAAUUCAAGUUCAAAUUUUAGCUACAUUCAAUUCUCCAUUAGUUUCAUUAGAUGCUGCUCUUUUGCGUCCUGGGCGUCUUGUCGCUCAAUAUUGUUUUCCAUCAACGUUGAAUAUUGAAAAUGCACGGUGUUUAGCUGAUUCGAUUGGUGUUUCAAAACUAGACCAAAUUACUGAGCCACUUCCACUAGCAAAUAUAUAUGCUAUGAGAGAUGAAAAUGUUGUAGAAGAACAAGAUGAUUCGAUAUCGUCGACUUGUCGCAAAUGUAAAUCAACCACUGUUUAUCGAGAAGCAGCCGAAGAAGAAUAA